CUGCUCGUCACCCAGCGCGCUCACCCUCGACCCCGCCUCCACACCCGCGCUGCGCGUCAGACCCCGCGCAGUCCAACACCGCCGCCGAGCCCCUGCAGCUCACCGCCGCGCCGCGCCUAUCUCUCGGGCCGUUGCUGCGCACUCGCCUCGCAAGCAGCGCGCGCACACCUCGCCGCCUCAUCGGCCAACAGUGUCCAUCUCACUCCACCACCACCUCGCAGCCGCCAUGUCGUCGGCCGCGCAGCCUCGCGGCGCCGAGGCGUCGGCCACCGGCAGCCUUAUCGCGCCCACGGGCACCAAGUACCGCUCGGGCGGCGGCCUCGUGCAGAUGCACUACUCGGCCUCGGCGCGCCACAAGGAUGCGUCCCUCAGCACCUUCCGCCCGGCCACGCUCGCGCACCGCCUGUCAUACCGCAGCAAGGUCGUCACCUUCUCGUCGAGCCAGCCGCGCACGUCGCUGCGGCGCGCGCAGUCGGGCAUGUCCUCUGAGCUACUGCCCGAGCGCGCCAGCUCCACGGCCGCCACGCGCAACUUUCUCACCAAGACGAUGAGCCGCAUGCAUGCCUCGCUCGUCUGGAUCGACGGCCGCCCGGCACUCAUCGACCACGCCUCGACGCACGGCACCUUCGUCGCGCGCGUGCGCGCCACGCAGAGCCCCGACCACAUCUGGGCCGCGCGUGUGCCCAACGCCGCGUCGGCGCGCCUCGAGCCUGAGAAGCCUUUCGUCCUCGAGGACGGCGACCUCGUCACGCUCGGCAAGGACGUCAUGCGCGACGGCAAGCUGCACCAGGCCGUGCGCGCCUUUGUGAGCGUGCAGACGGCUCCGGAGCAGAUCAGCCUUCUUCACCGCAACCAAGGCAUCGGCCAGCAGCGCAGCGGCGACCGCCAAGAAUCCUACGCGCCGCUACGGUCUGGACUCGAUCGAGGUCUCGGAGGACGAGUGGGCCGAAGAGACCGAUCCGGCCGGCGAGGCUGUUGUGCGCCAGGCCUCUGUGAGCGCAGGAUCGGACGUCGUCUCUGUGGCGAGCGACUUGGUCAACGUCGAUGCGCGCGGCUCGUCUCGCUCGCGCUCGCCGUCGCAGAGCGAUGGCCUCUCGGGCGACGAGGAGUCUCAGCCUCAGAUUGGCGCCGCGGUGCUGUCCUUCGAUGAAGCCGGACGCUUGAAGGUCUCGCUGGUCAAGGCCGAGCCGCUCUCCGAGCCAGGUCUGAGCGACAAUGAUCUGACGGGCUCGGAGACUGCGUCUGCGCUCAACGACGCC